AUGUACAAUAUAUCGCGUGCAUUCCGGACCGCCGAGGCCCAAAAGCUGCUCCCGAUACUGGGGCAACGAUUCGACGAAGUCCGUGUGAAGGAAGCUGCUAGCCAGCCUGCCCAUUACUUGUCCCCUGAGAACCUUCAAGGGAUCCAGAGAAGUUUGCUUUACAACUUUGAGCCACCCUCGCAUGAAGCGGCCGUCACGAUGGACAGAAAGAUUGGUGUGAUGGUCCAAGCCCUGCAGAGACGUCAGAACCCUAUGCGAGCCGCCCCUUUCGACCAGGGCGACGAGCUCGGGCGUGUCCAAUGGAGUGCCAUCAACAUCAUUGUGUCAAUUGCUGAAACUGGUACAACACCUUUCAAUGAUCGCCGGCGAAGGCAGUUGGUUAGGUCACAAAGGCUCAUCGAUCCCGAGUUCUGGGACUCGUAUCACAAUAUGAUACAGUAUUUCAGCCAACUGGAGAGAAGCGAUUACCAGCCCAGAAGAGAUCUGAACUCGAUAUCAAACGCCAUCGCCAACCGAAUGGAGGACCUCCGUCAGACAUUCCACGACCUAAACGUCGAGGAGCGCGAUGCCUUCCACACCCUCAUGCAAGACCUACUUCCCGUCACCAAACACGUCACAACCGAAGAACUCGACCAGAAUCUAGCGAACCCGCCGGCUAGGUGCAUCGUGUGCAAUCUGCCGUUUUCUACUGCGGUACGGGAGCCGAUGACACCCGCCCUGGGCAGCUUUCCCGCGACCCGGGCGCGCGAGCAGCAGGUCCAUUACCCCGUGUCCUACGACAACUGCGCCUCUGUGCCUCAAAAACAUGCUUUCUGCUUGCGAGAACUUGGUAGAGCGCUUAUGGAUAAAGACCCACAGACCAGAAAAGUUCUUAGAAAUAAGCCGAAGACAGACUUGAACUGGAGGUGCAGGACUUGUUACGUUGACCCCUGGAAGAAGCAAUCCGCAUAG